AUGAGCCGUUUUCUGGACGCAAACGAAGAACCGAGUCAAACACUACUGCCUAUUGCAGGAUACGAGAAAGAAGAGUUGCUACCACUCGAAGAAGCUGUUCGACCGAUCACAACCUUACUCUAUGAUCUCGAUACAAAGGUAUACAUUGCAAAACGAAAUUCACAAAAGCCAGCAGAUGGUUUAACUUGCGAUCAAUCGGCUGCUAUUAAUCUUUAUACGAUAGAAUGGGAAGAACCUCAUGAUAGUUUAUAUACUCUUCUUAAUCGAACACUUCGCUCGUCAGAAAGAAAGGCACUUAAACCCUGGUUUUCAUAUCUAAAACUUUUUCUUACCGCCUUAUACAAAUUACCGUCUACAAAAGGCGUUAUUUGGCGUGGUAUUCGAGGUGACGUGUACGAUCAAUACAAUAUUGAUCAAGUAUGGUGGGGUGUGAGUUCAUGUACGGAAACAAUGCAAGUUAUGGAACGAUUUGUUGGUCGUUCGGGUGUGCGUACCUUGUUUACUAUCGAAUGUAUUUCUGGAAAAGCUAUUGGAGCACAUUCGUUUUACAAAAAUGAAAACGAAAUCGUUCUUAUGCCCGGUACUUAUCUUCGUGUCAAAGAUAAAUGGAGUCCAAAUGAAAAUUUGUAUAUGAUUCAUUUACGUGAGGAAAAUCCACCAUAUCAAUUUAUUGCACCUCCAUUUAGCAAGGAAUCUACUUCGAUGAAAGAAGCAGAUUUGAUUAAAGACUUGGGACAUUCAGAACAUCGAGUACGCUCAAUCAAUUUGGCUGGUAGAAAGUUGACCGAUACAGAUAUUGAAAAGAUUACACUCAUUCGUCUCGAUCUUAAUAGUAAUCAAAUCGCUGACAAAGGAAUGAAACAUAUCGCUGAUGGAUUACGAAAUAAUACAAAACUCAUUGAACUAGAUCUUGAAUCGAAUAAAAUUUCAGAUAAAGGAGCUCAACGUUUGACUGAUGCUUUAAGAGUUAACAAAACACUGACAAAACUAAAUAUUGGAUCAAAUAAAAUUGCCAAUAAAGGAAUGCAACAUAUAGCAACUUUGUUACGAAUCAAUAAGACUAUUACUCGAUUAGAUCUUAGCGGUAAUCAAAUUACACAAAAUGGCAUAGAACAGUUAGCUGCUGCAUUACAUAAUAAUAUGAAUCUCACUGAGCUUAAUCUUUGGUGUAAUCCUAUAAUGGAUGAAGGAGUACAAUAUCUGGCUAAUGCGUUGGCAAAUAAUAACCGAACAAUUACUAAACUAGGUCUUGAGCGAAGCGAAAUCACAGAACAAGGUAUUAAACAUUUGACUUUGGCAUUAUACAGUAAUACGAGCCUAACACAACUUAGUCUCUGGGGCAAUCAAAUAGGGGAUAAAGGUGCACAAUAUCUAGCUGAGUCCUUGUUCGUUAACAAAGUAUGA